AGCCAGCAGGUCGUGUCAGUCUACCUAGAAGAGUGUUGUGGUGAGCUGUGCGUGCGCCGCUCCGCGCACACGGAUUCUAUAUUACAUAUAGUCGAAGACACAUUAAUCGGUUCAUGAGUGGCAGUGAGGUGGCGUGGUGAAUGAGGACCCCUCCCCACUCAUCACCCUCAGACGCAGGAUGACAAGGAGGUGUACUGCUCAUCCCACGUGCCCAAGAUCGGGCCUGGGCAUCUGGACGGAGAGGCUGUGGGCAUCCGGUCGGCUCUCAACGUACCCAAGUCUGCCCACUUCGUCAACGACCAGAUCCGGCCGGGUGGGAGGCCCUCCAUCGACGGGGAUUCUAUCGUGCUGAAGUCCCCGUACGCACAGAAGGGCGGCAACGGCAGCGGCAACGGUUCAGAAAACGGACACAAUGAUUACAAAUACGGCCGCUUCGAUCACACGGCGCUGCACAUCGCCCAUGCCCUCAACGCCACCAGGAUUCAGCGCAUUUAUGACAAGCCCAUCAAUCAGUAUCUGGACGUGCAGGAGCAGAAGAUGAUGGAGAUGAAGCACCGCAUGGAGGAGGACGACCUGUACAAAAAGUUCGCGAAGCAGCGGGCGGCCGAGGAGGCCAAGAUCAACGAGCACCUGAAGGAGGAGUGGGAGACGGAGCUCGAGAAACUCACGUCGCAGAAAGAAAGGGCGCCUGCCUUGAAGAAGCGGUCGCGCGAGGAGUCCAAGGUACUGACGGUCCGCCACCAGUAGGACCGGGACGAACUCGAGAAGCACAUGACCAUCAAGCGAGAAGCCAAAAAGGAGAAUCUCACGCGCAAGAUGCUGGAACACGAGAGGGCCGCCACCGCCGCCCUUGUGGAGAAGCACAGCAAGGAGAUGAUGCGGCUGAUUCAAGAGAAGCGCUCGGAAUACCUCGAGGACGACGAGGAGAUAGAGCAUUACCCCGCGAGCCCCCCUCCCCCCCAGCCGCCCCCGCAGACCAAGCUGGACAUCUACACCGAUCCGGAGGAGUUCGCGCAGGUCGAUCAGCUGGCCAUCCAGGUCGCCCAGGAAGACCAGAAGACCUUCACGGACCUCGUGCGGAUGCUGGUGGGCCACUGCAGCUCCGACGUCGAAAAGGCCCGAACCAUCUUCAGGUGGAUAACCGUCAAGAACCUCAACUCCAUCACCUUCGACGAUUCCGCCCACGGGGACACGCCCAUGGGUCUCCUCAGGGGCAUCAAGUACGGCACGGAGUCCUACCACGUGCUUUUCAAGAGGCUUUGCAGCUACGCGGGUUUGCACUGCGUUGUGAUCAAAGGCUACAGCAAGUCGGCAGGGUACCAGCCUGGCGUCAAGUUCGAGGACAACCGCUUCAGGAACUCGUGGAAUGCGGUUUACGUGGCGGGGGCGUGGCGGUUCGUGCAGUGCAACUGGGGGGCGCGGCACCUGGUUAAUGCCAAGGAGGUGCCGAAGCCAGGAGGGAAGAGCAAGAGCGAUAGUUUGAGAUACGAGUACGACGACCACUACUUCCUGACGGACCCGAAGGAGUUCAUCUACGAGUUCUUCCCACUGCAACCCGAGUGGCAGCUCCUGAAGGCGCCCAUUAGCCUGCACGAGUUCGAGGAGCUGCCCUUCGUUCGCUCACUCUUCUUCCGAUACGGACUCUACUUCCCGGACGAGCACACGAAGGCUGUCAUGUACACCGACUCCACAGGCGCAGCGACCAUCCGCAUCGGCAUGCCCAGCCACAUGCAGUCGUCCCUCAUCUUCCAUUACAAUCUCAAGCUCUACGAUUCCGACAAGGACCAGUACGAUAGCGUUUCUCUCAAGCGCUUUGUUAUGCAGAGCGUGGUGGGCAGCCUCGUGGCCUUCCGCGUCCACGCCCCGUGUUCGGGCGCCCUCCUCCUAGACAUCUUCGCCAACGCUGUCACCCCGCGCGAGUACCUCACCGGGGAGCCUAUGAAGUUCAAGAGCGUGUGCAAGUUCAAGAUCGUGUGCGAGGACCUGCAGACGGUGAUGGUGCCAUUGCCGGACUGCGCCUCGGGCGAGUGGGGCCCCGCCAAGGCCACGCGCCUCUUCGGCCUCGAGCCCAUCACGCACCAGGACGCGCUGGUAUUCGCUGGCCGCGACCUCGAGCUGCAGUUCAACAUGACGCGGCCGCUCACCGACUUCAUGGCCACGCUGCACAAGAACGGCUCCGAGGAAAAGCGCCUCAGCAAGUACGUGAGCCACCGGGUUGCCGACGACAUCGUGACGUUCACGCUGAGCUUCCCCGAGGAGGGCCAGUACGGCCUGGACAUCUACACGCGUGAGGUGGCCAGCUCCGACUCCACGGGGCCCACGGAGAAGCACCUCCUCACGCACUGCUGCAAGUACCUCAUCAACUCCUCCAAGAGAAACUAAAGGCGCUGACCCCCUCCGCUUCCACGACGAGAACCCCGGCUGCGUGUCCUACCCGGGGGGGCGGAAAGGGCGUGUUGGGACGUCGAGAGUCCGAGAGCCGCCCGUCAGGAAGUCACAAGGAUUGAAGGAAAAGGUCUCGGGAGUCGGAGUCCAAGGACGUCAGCCGUAGGGCACGUUCGCGACCCUGGCCCCGGAGCAGCGCCGGACACCAACCCUUGCGCGGAGGAAGUGCAGAGCAUCCGUCCACAAGUGCCUUAAAAUAAACCGUCUUAAUCUCAAAUUAGUCUUAACUGCUAUUGUUUUGAAUGCAAGUAGUUUAUUUGGCGGCUGCGUUUUCCUUAAUCUUACUAUUACUUACAUAUAUUUUUUUUGUUUUUAGGUAAUGUUUUAAUUCACAAAUAUAAACUGUACAUAUUAAUAUAAAUGAUACCACAGAGAUCUUAACCCCGUUAUAUCACAUCUUCUGUUAUUAUGUUACAGUGAUUGUAAUAAUAAGCAUGCUUAGGAUUUCCUUUGUUUGUUCCCCUCUUACAGAAUUUGUUUAUAUAUUGACCAGAUAGUUUAUAUGCUGCAUUGAAAUGAAGUCACGGGACGGAGUUGAAACUUCAUGUAGGAUGUUGGCAGUCUGCUGAAGUCGCGAUAAACUUCACAGAUAGAUGUACAUUUUUGCAUCACUAAAGAGUUGCUGUUUUUUGUUAACAAUUUGUUCGCAGUUGAUAACCGAGAGGAAGUUUUCCUCUGGAAUGCGUAAAUGGAAAUAUAUUUAAUGCUAUCCCUUUCUUAGACACCUAUGAUAUUUGACAGUUAAGUCUUCCAUAAACACACACACACACACACACACACACACACACACACACACACACACACACACACACACACACACACACACACACACACACACACAAACGCCUCUAUAAUACCCAUAUCCACACAUGCACUCAUUAUGUAUAUAGGCCUACAGAUACCUAGGAUUUAUAUAAACUUAACCUAAUGCAAGAGAACUAAGCGAGGGAAAUGGCUUACAGUUUGAAAAUGUUUUACGAACUACACAGCUGAAAAAUAAUUAUAUGUUAAUUUAUGUAGAUAUAAUGUUCCCAAGAAAUAUACACUUUGCUUAGCCUCAUUUUCUUUGGAUUCUAUAACGAAAGGUCAGGAUUCACAAGUCAUGAAUUUCGUACGGGACAGCCUUACGGUGAAUUUACAUAAACCUUUCCCUCCCCACGGAAUUCAGGACGACAGAUAUUAAGCUCACACGCUAUGCAAACGUUAUGCAAAACCUAUGUUAGGAAUGACUCUAGUGUUCAUCUGAUUUCCUUAUAUGUAUUCAUGUUUUACAAUGGAAUUCUUUAAUCAUUUUUAGCCUAUUUAAGUGUAACAUUACCAUAGCCAUAUCACAAGCGAACUAUAACUAAAGCCUCUGUGCAUUGGUGCAUGUUAUUAUUAUCAUAGUCAUCUCCAUUUCACACAGACAAAUAAUAUGGAUAUAUGGCCUCACACACACACACACACACACACACACACACACACACACACACACACACACACACACACACACACACACACACACACACACAUACACCACGCACACACACACCUUCAAAGCAUACAGAUAUAUAAGCUUUUCGACAAAUUAAUGGUGGUCCAUGACGAAACACAUUUUCUAAAAAUACAUUUAUGAUAAAAAAAAAAAAAAACAGAACAAAAGUGGGAAGAGCUUUUGGUAGACGCUUUAUACGUGGCCUCCCUUCUUUGAAGAAAAAAAAAAACAAUAAACAAACCUUUCUUAUUCUCUUAACUGUUUACCAAACAUGCAUUUUCUUCUCGUACAAAUUAAUAUAUGAAAUGUAAUAUAUUAAUAUAAUGAGACUUAUUAUUUUCUGUCCAUUAGCGCCACUUUUUUUCUUCAUUUUUUUGUAAUCUCUUGUAACAUACCUUGUCGGUUUGAUAAUAAAGAUGGUACACUGCCUCC